AUGGUAAAGCUACACUCUCAGAAGAGGACGGUAAAGCGACACUCUCAGAAGAGGAAGGUAAAGCUACACUCUCAGAACAGGACGGUAAAGCUACUCCCUCAGAAGAGGACGGUAAAGCUACACUCUCAGAAGAGGAAGGUAAAGCUACACUCUCAGAAGAGGACGUCAAAGCUACUCUCUCAGAAGAGGACGGUAAAGCUACACUCUCAGAAGAGGACGGUAAAGCUACUCUCUCAGAAGAGGACGGUAAAGCUACACUCUCAGAAGAGGAAGGUAAAGCUACACUCUCAGAAGAGGAAGGUAAAGCUACUCUCUCAGAAGAGGACGUUGAAGCUACUCUCUCAGAAGACGACGGUAAAGCUACACUUCUCAGAAGAGGACGGUGAAGCUACACUCUCAGAAGAGGAAGGUAAAGCUACUCCCUCAGAAGAGGACAGUGAAACUACUCUCUCAGAAGAGGAAGGUAAAGCUACUCUCUCAGAAGAGGACGGUAAAGCUACUCCCUCAGAAGAGGACGGUAAAGCUACACACUCAGAAGAGGACGGUAAAGCUACACUCUCAGAACAGGAAGGUAAAGCUACACUCUCAGAAGAGGAAAGUAAAGCUACACUCUCAGAAGAGGACGGUAAAGCUACUCCCUCAGAAGAGGAAGGUGAAGAUACACUCUCAGAAGAGGAAGGUAAAGCUACACUCUCAGAAGAGGACGGUAAAGCUACUCCCUCAGAAGAGGACGGUAAAGCUACUCCCUCAGAAGAGGAAGGUAAAGCUACUCUCUCAGAAGAGGACGGUAAAGCUACACUCUCAGAAGAGGAAGGUAAAGCUACACUCUCAGAAGAGGAAGGUAAAGCUACUCUCUCAGAAGAGGACGUUGAAGCUACUCUCUCAGAAGACGACGGUAAAGCUACUCUCUCAGAAGAGGACGGUAAAGCUACACUCUCAGAAGAGGAAGGUAAAGCUACACUCUCAGAAGAGGACGGUAAAGCUACUCCCUCAGAAGAGGAAGGUAAAGCUACACUCUCAGAAGAGGACGGUAAAGUUACUCCCUCAGAAGAGGAAGGUAAAGCUACACUCUCAGAAGAGGACGGUAAAGCUACUCCCUCAGAAGAGGACGGUAAAGCUACACUCUCAGAAGAGGAAGGUAAAGCUACUCCCUCAGAAGAGGAAGGUAAAGCUACUCCCUCAGAAGAGGAAGGUAAAGCUACUCUCUCAGAAGAGGAAGGUAAAGUUACUCUCUCAGAACAGGAAGGUAAAGCUACUCUCUCAGAACAGGAAGGUAAAGCUACUCUCUCAGAAGAGGAAGGUAAAGCUACUCCCUCAGAAGAGGACGGUAAAGCUACUCCCUCAGAAGAGGAGGGCCCUCUCUAG